AUGUCUGUGGAGGGACAGAGGUGCCUGUGCGUCGUGGUACUGCUUAUCCACACGGUUACCGGCGCCGGAGAAGGUCCAACAUCGCCAGCUCCAUCGACGACUGUGCGAGUAGACCAGAACGAGUUGACCGUCUCUUUCCCUCCUCUAGAAGACCUGUACAGCCACACGCCAGAGAAGCAGUUCGGAACUGAGAAUAAUACCGUGGUGACGUCACAGACUGGUUCUACUGCCCUACUGCCUUGCAUCAUCAGAAAUAUUGGGGAUGGAAUAGUUUCGUGGAUCAGAAGAAAGGACUACCAUCUGCUGACGGUGGGACUCACCACGUACAGCUCCGACCAGAGGUUUCAAGCGAUACAUCUUCAGCAUUCUGAGGACUGGACUCUUAAAGUGAGGUUUGUUCAGAAGCGAGACGCGGGAAUCUACGAGUGCCAAGUGUCAUCACAUCCGCCUACAAGUAUAUUUUUGCGAUUAGAUGUAGUAGAGGCCCGGGCGCAAAUAUCGGGACCUACAGAGAAGUAUCUGAAGCCAGGAUCGACGCUGCGUCUUCAAUGCUCAGUGGUACAGACAACGGAGGCACCGGCUUUUGUGUUCUGGUACCACAACAGCAGAAUGAUCAACUACGACGUGGAGCGUGGCAUCAACGUGACAACUGACCCUGCGCAGAGACUCUCCGACCUGCUCAUACCAGCUGCCAGCGUCUCCCAUGCUGGCAACUACACCUGCGUGCCCAACAACGCUGUGCCCGCUAGUAUAUACGUCCAUAUAUUUAAUGGCGAAAACCCAGCAGCCAUGCAGUCAUCAUCGCCAAGUUCCAUCGCCGAUCGCCUCCAAUGUCUGCUACUCAUCAGCACCAUCAUCGUGCUACGGUGACAAACGUCAACCCAACAAAUGUUGAACUAAAAUGUACAUUAUACAUCCAGACUUAGAGUUGAUUUUUGCGUGGAACAAAUUGUCAGCGAUUGUCAAACUUUAAUGAAAAUUAAUGCUAUUGGAACAAGUGAAGGAUUUAGUUUGUAAUAAAUGCUUUAUGAAAGAUAUUAGUC